CAAUCGGCGCAGGAGAAAGGCGGUGUUUGUCCAGCAGCUGGUCACGUGACCGUCCUCACUGGUUCCCAGGCGGUCACACCGAAGAGCUCGAGACGAUGCAUCAGAAGGUGGUGUUGGCGGUUCUUCUGGCGGCGGGUGUCCUCUGCCUCUCCUUGGCUCCCGUCUGUCGGGCCGAGGACGAUCAGGUGGACGACAUGGACAUGGACGUGGAGGACGACAUGGACCUGAUGGGAGSAGUCAUGGAUGAGGAAGAAGACGAGCUGGACGGUGAUGUGCAGGAUGAAGCUCCGCCUCCUCCUAAAGCUCCCGCAGCUCCAAAGGUGACCUACAAGGCUCCGGAGCCGAAGGGGGAACAUUUCUUUGCCGAGUCAUUUGACCGGGGGACGCUGGACGGGUGGGUCGUGUCAAAAGCCAAGAAGGACGACGCUGAUGAAGAGAUCGCCAAGUACGACGGUAAAUGGGCUGUGGAGGAGAUGAUGGACAGUAAGCUGCCCGGUGAUAAAGGUCUGGUCCUGAAGUCUCGAGCCAAACAUCACGCCAUCUCAGCCCUGCUGCUGCGACCUUUCAUCUUCGACACGGAGCCUCUCAUCAUCCAGUACGAGGUGAACUUCCAGUCCGGCAUCGACUGCGGCGGCGCUUACGUCAAGCUGCUGACCCAGACCCCCGAACUCAACCUGGACCAGUUUGUGGACAAGACUCCGUACACCAUCAUGUUCGGACCYGACAAAUGUGGAGAGGAUUACAAGCUGCACUUCAUCUUCAGGCACAAAAACCCCAAAACCGGAGAGUACGAAGAAAAACACGCUAAGAAACCCGACGCUGACCUGCGCACGUACUACACCGAUAAGAAGACGCACCUGUACACGCUGGUGUUGAACCCUGACAACAGCUUUGAGAUUCUGGUGGAUCAGACGGUGGUGAACAGUGGUAACCUGCUGAAGGACAUGACCCCUCCCGUCAACCCCCCCGCUGAGAUCGAGGAUCCCGACGACCACAAACCAGAGGACUGGGACGAGAGACCAAAGAUCCAGGACCCUGACGCCGUCAAGCCUGAGGACUGGGAUGAAGAUGCUYCCGCUCAGAUUCCUGAUGAAGACGCCGUGAAACCGGACGGCUGGCUGGACAACGAGCCCGAGUACGUCGGUGACCCCGACGCCGUCAAACCUGACGACUGGGAUGAGGACAUGGACGGAGAAUGGGAGGCCCCACAGGUCCCCAACCCCGUCUGCGAGAGCGCCCCCGGCUGUGGCCCCUGGAAACGCCCGAUGAUUGACAACCCCAGCUACAAGGGCAAGUGGAAGCCCCCCAUGAUCGACAACCCCAACUACCAGGGCAUCUGGAAGCCCAGGAAGAUCCCCAACCCGGCUUUCUUCGAGGACCUGCACCCGUUCAAGAUGACACCAUUCAGCGCCGUGGGGCUGGAGCUCUGGUCCAUGACUUCCGACAUCUUCUUCGAUAACUUCUUCAUCACCAACGACCGAAACGUCGCCGAGCGCUGGUCCGCUGACAGCUGGGGGCUGAAGAAGGCCGCCGAGGGGGCAGCCGAGCCCGGUCUGGCAGCUCAGAUGCUGAACGCUGCAGAGGAGCGGCCGUGGCUUUGGAUCGUCUACGUCCUCACCGUGGCUCUGCCCGUCGUCCUCAUCAUCGUUUUCUGCUGCACGGGAAAGAAGAAGAGUUCUGCCACGCCGGCUCAGUACAAGAAGACUGAUGAACCUCAGCCUGACGUGAAGGAGGAGGAAGAGGAGGAGGAGGAGGAAGAGGAAGAGGCUAAGAAGACGAGUGCAGAGGAGAAAAAUGAAGCAGAGGAGGAGGAUGCUGAGGAGGAAGAAGCAGAGAAGGAGGCCACAGAUGAGAAGCUGGAGGAUGAAAUCCUGCGGAGAUCUCCCAGGAGCAGGAAGUCCAGAAAGGACUGAUCUUUCUGAGUCCACAGCCCGAGCUCAAC